UGGGGAUGAAACGCCGCCCAUCUCGGAGGAAGAACUGGAACAACAAAAAAUUGAACAUGAAAGACAAAUGCAAAAGGAAAAAGAAUGCCAAGCAAGAGAAGCAGAAGAAGUUAGGAAGUUGGACAUAAAACUUCUUCACCAGCGUGCCAUAGAAGCGGAGGAGGAACACAAACGAGAGAUCGCAGCAGUGGAAGAACUUCGUGGCCUCAAUACUUCGUGGUCACAUCACAGAUUGUGCGACUUGCAACGGCAAGCUGGCAAUAGGUGGCGAUACAGCCGCCCUUCCAUUCCAGAUACGAAACACUACAGAAACGUUCUGAAGAAAGCCUGCAGCGCACAGUUAACGAAACCACAGUCGAGUCAGAGCAUCAAUGAUAAUGAAGGCAUUUUCAUCAACCUCUCCCGUUUGGGCCCUUGUAGAGAUGAAUCAAUAGACAGCGAUGGAUGCUGCGAAACUCCGUGUUGCGUCACUGAAGAAGAAACAAGAGCUUGGAGAGCUUCAGCCAACGAUGUCUGUCCUUCCGUCCAAGGAGACCUCGUCAAAGUGCCAUCAUGUCCAGGAUGCCGUGCUCCGAUCGCAUCGCUUGAUUGUAUGGAUGAAUUCAGCGCCAACUCUCAACAGAUGCUGGAUCAAGCCGGCGAGAUAAAUAUGUCCAAACAUAUGUCGACGUAUAUGGGCAAUCACGCAAGUAUGCCUUCGUCAGUCACACCUGGUCUACGAUACAAGAAUUUGGGCAAGUCAGGCCUCAGAGUUCCUAAUAUUGGAUUGGGAUUGUGGACUAUGCUAAGUGAGGAUUGUGCGGAGGAUAUUAUUAUGACUGCUUUGGAAAACGGCAUCAAUUUGUUUGAUUUAUCUGAGGCUCAUUGUGCUAGAGGGGAAGUGGAACUUGGCAGAAUUCUAAAGAAAAGGAAUGUUAGACGAACCAGUGUAAUUAUUACAACUAAAAUAUACUGGAGUACCAAGCUAACAGGUGCUCAUGCUAACAGGUCAGAUGAAAGGGGCUUAUCUAGGAAACAUAUCAUAGAGAGUGUGAAGGCAUCAUUGCAAAGACUUCAAAUUGAUUACAUAGAUGUUGUACUUUUGCACAAAAUAGAUCCUGUUUGCCCUAUGGAAGAAUUGGUGCGUGCCAUGAACUUUGUUAUCAAUCAAGGAUGGGUUAUGUAUUGGGGAACAGCGCGUUGGUCUCCUUCUGAGAUAAUGGACGCGUACACAAAUUGUAGGCAGUUCAACUGCAUUACACCAAUAGUGGAACAAACAGAAUACCAUAUGUUCUGCAGAGAAAAACCUGAGCUAUACAUGCCAGAGCUGUACCACAAAAUUGGCGUUGGCGUCAUGUGUCUGAUCCCAGGGAUGAUGGCUUGGUCCGCAAUCACAACGGGAAAGGGCCUGGGUCGCGAGGAAAUCACUGGUCUCUUUGCCAAGUCCAGGUUCAAUAGGAAGUACAGUACAUUUAGCUGGUGUGAAGAGGACAUUGCUGUUCCGGACGUGAGCGAGAUGCGAAUAUCGGGAAGUAAGGACCAGGUAACAGGAGAAGAGCCUCGUACUUAUGGAGAAAAAUUACGGGAUCUGUCUAAUCUAGCAAAUACAAUGAAUUGCUCUAUGAGUCAAUUAGCUGUGGCGUGGUGCCUCAAGAAUGAGUCUGUCAAUUGUUUACUACUAGGAGCUACAAGUGUUGAACAAUUUAAAGAAAAUAUUCAUGCCUUACAGAUCGUACCGCAGCUUACACCUACUGUAAUGGCGGAUAUUGAGAGGUUAUUGUCGAACAAACCUCAACGACCACCCAUGGUGUCGACGCUUGCGAUGCGCAAUCAGCAAAAUAAUAAUACUGUACGAGUAGAUAUGACCGGUGCCUCAACUUCUGGUGCUGGAACGCCGAAGCCUGAAGGCGAUGCUGCUGAGGGCGAAGCCUCCACCCCCGCCAAAGAGACCGGGCGGGGCUUUUGUGAGAUUCAGUGACUGUGGUGGCGCGGAAGCACUGACUCUGCUUCCAAAUCUAGUAAAUCAAAGGAAUCAGUUAAGGAUGGAAAGCCUAAGUUUUUCUUAAAUAAUGCUGGCGAAGUUAUACGACGAGUAGAACAUGACGGCGUUGCAACUGAUGUAGUUAUAUCCGUAUCAUCAUUAAAAGGAAAACAACCAGCAUCGGGCGGUAGUAAAGUGAAGAAAUCCAAAUCUGAUAACUCCAGACCGAGAUCAUCCUCUUUACAGAGAUCAUCC